UGCCUUCCGAAUUGCUUAGUUUCUGAAGAGGGAACAACUAAGCUUAAAAACCCAAGGAUAUGCGAAGCAGAGCAGCAUUUGUUUAUGUGGACGAUGAAAGCACAUAUACUUUCGAUCCUAAUCGUAGUGAUUCAGUGCCUCACAGUGUCCAUUCAUGCUAUAGUUUAUCCAAGUAUAACCGCUGCUCCAGAGAGGUUCAUAACUGUCUCUAUUGGCGGGACUGUGUCAUUUAGGUGGCACUACAAUUCAGGAGAUCUACAGAAUGAUCUUUUCGAGGUUGUGUUUGGUAUUUGGAAGAGUCCUGGCUUCCUGAAAACAAAGUUGAUAGCCGUCAACUCGAGUGGUUUUUCCUCAACAAGGUCUUCAUAUAAGUCCUCCGUGGGUUGGGCAGGAAAUUUGACAUCCUCUAUCGCAGUGUUUGAACUUUAUAAAGUAAAACUUGAAGAUAGCAAGACGUAUGGAAUAGUGGUAGAAUACGGACUUCAGAAUACCCCGUUGACCGACUCGGUUCAGCUUCAAGUUGUGUCCAGACCCACAGGUUCACCAGAAACCGCCACUGCACAACAGAUAAGUGUCACAACAGCCGCGAGAGCUACAAAUACAGGGUCUCCAGUUACGUCGAAAGAGCCCAACGUUUCAGUGCCAAGAAAAUCAUCAGAAGAAUCCUCCUUUAAAUGGGUGGUGGCAAGCGGAAUCAUCUCAUGUGUUGUGAUAAUACUCAUUGUGGGCCUUUGCCACCAUCAGAAAAAAUGCACUAAAAAUGGAGCAAAAAAUAAUAGCUUCAUUGAAAGCAACGAAAAGGAAUUUUGCAAGAGUAUUUUGUAAAUAUAACAUACUCAAGGUAGUAGAUUUACCAAUUCGUAAUAUCCGGUCAGUCUUACAAUAUAUAGUUAGUUGUGUUUUAGGGUGAAGUUAAUCAUUGAUAUACAUUACUUCAAGGAUUUAAACAUUGCAUAGAAAUUUAAAUCGACACUAAAUGUAUUUCUACUAAAUGCGACCUUCCCUUUUUUUUGUUUGCGUCGUCAUUUCGACUUAUUAAAUUACAAUCUUAAAGAA